AUGGGGGCCGAUGAAACUCCCACAGCACCUCGUGUCAGCACUAGAGGAUCAUGCUCUGCUGUAGAACCCAAUGAGUAUAGCGGUCAAUAUGAGCUGUUGGUUGAUGGGGAUCCCCCACGCAUUGUGGCUGUCGGACGAGUGCUUGAGGGAGGGGAGACCAUUCAUGGUGUUGCCAUAUUACCCCAGCACGUGCGUGUGACCAUUGACGAGGUUCGGGAUCCCCAGGCUCAGGUGCCUGUACCCACUCCAGAAAUUAACUUUGUGGGGGAGGCCAUAGGAACAUUUAUUGCCUGGCCUAGAGCAUUGAUCAUGUCCCACAUCGCGACUCCACAGUUCACACGUCCUCAGAAGCAGCCAAUUCAUGAUACAGUCAUACAUGAAGAUGAUGACAUGGCUGAAGCAGAGGAUGAUCCUAUAUCAAAGUUAGUGACAAAAUUACCCAGAUUGAAGAAAGCAUCAUUACAACUAUACUGGGAUUUGAGGGUAUUUGGUCUUCCCCCACAUGUGCCAGUUUAUAUCACAUUUUCUGAUGCAUUGGAGGUGAUUGAGGGAGACAGGAUGUUGAAUAUUUCCAUCAUUCAGUUGUGGUGCAUGUACAUGGACACAAUCGUUGUAGACCAAGGUCGGUCUUCCAUGUACGGAUUUGUUGAACCUCAGACCAUUCAACCGUCUGGUAACACACUUCAAAACAGACAACAUUAUUUGCAAACAUGGAUGGAUGAGUCCAAAAGAGACAUAUACCUUGUGCCAUACAUUGACGGGUACGUGUUUUUAUAUGUGGUCAGUUUAUUAUUAUAGUUUCCUUAAUUAGUUGAAUAACUAUUUGUCCUUCGUGAUAGGUCUCACUGGCAGCUGAUGGUUAUCAUUCCCAAACAAUGUAAAAUUAUAUGGUUUUGUUCGUUGCACAGGAAGAUGAAAAAUGACUUGAGAACCAUGCUUCAAGGAGUUAUUGGUAAAUCUCGUGGUCAAUUGGUUCAAAUUUUGUAUCCAAAGUGUAACCAGCAGGUAGAUUCAUGGGAAUGUGGCUUCUAUGUGAUGUGUUGGAUUAAGACCAUCAUUCGAGCUGUCAUUACAGAUGACUGGAAUGAGCGCUUCAAGACUACAUCGCCUAUUGCAGAGGACACAAUUAACCAGAUAAGGCAGGAGUGGACC